AUGGAUUACUCAGACCCCGUCCCGCAGCCCUCUCCCUCGCAUGAUGCCGCGACCGAGGACGCGAGCAUGCACACCGUUACCGCCUCAUCUGUCAACGCCCUGCCCCAUAUCCACAACCACAACAUCUCCGACUCAAACGAUUCUACUCGCCGACCUCAGACCUCCUACUCCGACACUGGCUUUACUUCUCACUACCAAUCACAAGACAACCCAGACGCUCAACAACACGAAGAUCAGAUGUCACAAUACCCCUCGAGACCAAGCUCUCGUUUGAACCGUCAAAACAGCGACUACAGCGAUCAAAAUGCUCAACGACAACAAGCCCAGAAGAAUGCUAGCGUUGUUAUCAAGGUUGGAAUGGUUGGCGAUGCGCAAAUCGGCAAGACCUCCUUGAUGGUCAAGUACGUUGAGGGCAGCUGGGAUGAAGAUUACAUUCAAACUUUGGGUGUCAACUUCAUGGAAAAGACAAUCAGCAUUCGCAACACAGAAAUCACCUUCUCCAUCUGGGACUUGGGCGGUCAGCGUGAAUUCGUCAACAUGCUGCCCCUGGUCUGCAACGACGCCGUCGCCAUACUUUUCAUGUUCGACUUGACCCGCAAGAGCACACUAAACUCAAUCAAAGAGUGGUACCGUCAAGGCAGGGGCUUCAACAAGACCGCGAUUCCAUUCUUGGUUGGCACAAAAUACGAUCACUUUGUCAACUUCCCGCGCGAGGAGCAAGAAGAGAUCAGUAUGCAGGCCAAGCGCUUCGCCAAAGCAAUGAAAGCAAGUUUGAUCUUCAGCAGUACAAGUCACAGCAUCAACGUUCAAAAGAUCUUCAAGAUUGUGCUAUCGAAGGCAUUCGACCUGCGCUGUACAAUCCCCGAGAUCGAACACGUAGGUGAGCCAUUGCUCCUCUACCAGCACGUUGGAUAG